GCACCGAAAAUGCCUGUACCCAUACCAGCACAGAAACCAAUGGAACAACGUGUUAUUGAACCGAUAGAACCGCCUUCUCCUGUCAUCGUCACAAAACGUCCAACUGGAUUUGUAGUUGCGAAAACGACUUCUGGCUCGAAAGCUAUCGAAACUUCUGUAUCGACCCGUAAAGAAGGCAUCACUUCAAGAGCUACGGAGCCGGUUACAACGGCAACUGAUCUGUGGGGAGUUUUGGAAAAGAGCUUUUUCAAAUCAAGAGAGAGGGUAGAGGCGGUAGGCGAGUUCGGAAAACUGGAGCCUUCAAAACAUGGAAAUCUUGUGCCAAUCCGUACAACUACUCAACAAACUGUUGUGGAGACGGAAUAUUUGGAUUAUGAAGAAGACGCCCAAAAACCGACCGGAGGACAGCUCGUAGACGAAGUGAUCGAAUUACAAACAAAUGUACCUGAAGCGACGACUAUGGCUUUAAUUGAAGAGGCUGACGAUUACAAUGAUUACGAAGCUAUAGAAGGGCAUGUAACAACCAAGUCCUUGUCUACGACUACUCGUCCACGACCAUCCCUUGACUUCAACCAGGUAACAGCAGAAGCAGCCAUGGCCAUGACUCAGACCACAGGAGAAGGAUCAACAUCUGUAGUAACACUUACGUAUGAACCAGUCACUGUUCCUACACCUACGGAGAACCUUGUAACCGUAACAGCAGAAGCAGCCAUGGCCAUGACUCAGACCACAGGAGAAGGAUCAACAUCUGUAGUAACACUUACGUAUGAACCAGUCACUGUUCCUACACCUACGGAGAACCUUGUAACCACUACCUUCGGAUUUACUGGUUCUACAACCGAAGUUGUGGAGGUUGCCGAAGUUGUGGAGGUUGCCGAAGUUACAACGACAACUGUGGAGCCAUCUACCACAUCUACCACUACGCAGAAACCAGAUGUAACCAUAAUUGAGGUAGAGCAAGUCCUUGUGGAUGCUACGGAGGAACCAGUAGAGACAAUAGAGACAGUGGAGAGUGAGCAAUCACGAACAAUAUCCAAAGGUGAUGACUAUGAAACCAUCAGCGAGAUAGAGCCUGACCAAAGUUCACUUCAAAUACUUCCUGUCGCCGCUGAAUCGUUUACGAUGCCACCGACGGAUCCUCCGACGACGACUACGACUACGACCACUACCACAACUGCGAUAAGUCGUAAUGAAACCGUCCUAAUUGAAAUAGAUCAAGCUGUGGCACCAUUCGAUUACGGGCAAGACUACCAUGACCCGGGUCUACCACUGUCGGCUCAGGAAGCAGCAAUCGAGUUUAUCAACGAAGUUCAACGAAAUUAUAAAGUGCUAUAG